AGAAAAAAACAUGAUUUACAAACAGAUUUGCAAAAAAAACCCAAAAAUCUGAACUUAAGGAAAUGCAUUCCAAGCAAAUGGCUGAACUUAAUACAGGAAGAAGAAAUAAACACAUACUAUUUCUGAAAUCAAACAUAGCAUCACAGAUCUCAAGGAUGUACUGAAAUCCAAUGAUGUCGGAAUUGUUUCUGCCUACAAACCUAGGAAUGAAGAUUUCAGAGAAUUGCCUCCAAAACUCUCAGUUUUUCUACCAAAAAUUAACAAAAAGCAGCUUUAUCAACAAUUUGGUUCACUUGUGCCAUUACCUAUUACUAAAGAGGCUAAAAGCUCCCAAUUAAAAAAAAAAUCAGAAGCUAAAGUGUCUCCUCUCAAGUCCUUUUGUGAUUUGCCGCAGAUGACAACAAUCGUACAGACACAGCAUGAAGACGAGGAGAGUUGUCAACGCAGUGUUACCUGUCACAGUGAUGAUGAAAUAUGGACGUGUAGACACGAUAACAUAAUGCGUCUCUACAACCUGCAUGGAGAACUAGUGAAGAAAGUCCAAACCAAGUCAGGAAACAUGCCACAGGACAUAGCAGUGACAAGGGGUGGGGAUCUAGUUUAUACUGAUAACAAAGACAGAACCGUGAACGUAGUGAAGAAUAAACAGAUACAGACAGUAAUCAGACUACAGGGGUGGAAACCUCUCGGUGUCUGUAGUGCCUCCUCUGGUGACCUUCUGGUUGUCAUGGUCAGUGAUGAUGAUAAACAAACAAAAGAUGUUUGUUACUCUGGCUCCACAGAGAAACAAAGUAUUCAGUACGACGACAAAGGACGACCUCUCUAUUCAUCUGGUAGUUACAUCUGUGAAAAUAGAAACCUAGAUAUUUGUGUAUCUGACAUAUCAGCCCGUGCAGUAGUGGUGGUCAAUCAGGCUGGAGAGCUCCGUUUUAGAUACACUGGACGGUCCUCUUCAUCAAAGGUAUCAUUUACACCAUAUGACAUCACCACUGACAGCCAAAACCGGAUCAUAACUGCAGACAGUAAUAACAACUGUAUCCACAUCCUGGAUCAGGACGGACAGUUCAUAUCCUACAUUGACAACUGUCAAUUACAGUAUCCUUGGGGUCUCUGUGUAGAUAGUAGAGACAAUUUGUUUGUAUCUGAGUAUGACACAGGUAAAGUAAAGAAAAUACAAUACUAUGUGUAGACCGGUGAAUUGCAUGCAACUAAUGUGAAGAAAGGGACAUUUUGUUUUAUGAGAACAGCUGUAAAAGACAUGUAUAACUUUUGCCCUUCUGACAUUCAAAAGUGCCAUUUUUAGUUAAAUACACACUGUAUCUGUCCUAUUUCAAGAAUGUGUACUGUUGGUUCCAAGAAUUGUUGAUAUUUACAUAUAAUUACUGUUCUUUCUGAUAACUGUUGUGAGUAAUAAUGAUUGUUGGUAAUUACUGACAUAGUUAGUUCAGUUAAUUUUGCAGUUUCUAGUUUA